GGUAGCUAAGCUAACGUUACCGGAGGCCUCACAGUAACUGGCAGCAGAUCAGCCGGAUUUUUUUUAAUCAAAGUAUCGCUAUAGAGAGGGCGACGAACACCCGUUUAUGAAUCUGCCUGAGAACAGUUAAAACCUUUAAAAUAUGGUGGUUCUCAAAAUUCGAGACCAGCCUGCUCUGCUGAAAGCCAUUUUCAACGUGGACCCAGAUGAAGUACGCUCCCUCAUAUUCAAGAAAGAGGAUGUUAACACGCAGGACAAUGAGAAACGAACCCCGCUGCAUGCUGCUGCCUAUCUUGGAGAUGCAGAAAUUAUAGAGCUGCUGAUUCUGUCAGGAGCCAGAGUAAAUGCCAAAGAUAACAAGUGGCUCACUCCUCUACACCGGGCUGUGGCUUCUUGCAGUGAGGAGGCUGUCCAGGUGCUACUGAAGCACUCGGCUGAUGUAAACGCCCGAGACAAGAACUGGCAGACGCCGCUGCACAUUGCUGCAGCCAACAAGGCAGUCCGCUGUGCCGAGGCGCUGGUCCCCCUCCUCAGUAAUGUCAAUGUGUCGGACAGGGCAGGCCGCACGGCACUGCACCAUGCAGCCUUCAGCGGUCAUCUAGAGAUGGUGAGGCUGCUACUUUCCAGAGGAGCAAACAUCAAUGCUUUCGACAAGAAGGAUCGCCGUGCAAUCCACUGGGCAGCUUACAUGGGGCACAUUGAAGUAGUAAAGCUCCUAGCGUCCCACGGUGCCGAGGUGGCAUGCAAGGAUAAGAAGUCCUACACGCCUCUGCAUGCAGCAGCCUCCAGUGGAAUGAUCAGCGUUGUUAAAUACCUCCUAGACCUGGGGGUGGAUAUCAAUGAGCCAAAUGCAUACGGCAACACCCCGCUCCACGUGGCCUGCUACAACGGGCAGGACGUAGUGGUGAAUGAGCUGAUAGAGUGCGGGGCAAACGUCAACCAGGUGAAUGAGAAGGGCUUCGCCCCCCUCCACUUCACAGCUGCCUCACGCCAUGGGGCGCUCUGCCUGGAGCUCCUGGUGUGCACUGGGGCGGAUGUCAACAUCAAGAGUAAAGAUGGCAAGACUCCCCUCCACAUGACUGCCAUCCACGGACGCUUUUCAAGGUCACAAGUUGUCAUUGAAAAUGGUGCUGAGAUUGACUGUGAAGACAAGAAUGGAAACACACCACUGCACAUCGCGGCGCGGUAUGGCCACGAGCUCCUUAUCAACACCCUCAUCACCAAUGGGGCUGACACAGCCAAACGAGGAGUCCACGGAAUGUUCCCCCUGCACCUGGCUGCUCUUAGCGGGUUCUCCGACUGCUGCCGGAAGCUCUUGUCCUCAGGCUUUGAUAUCGACACUCCCGAUGACUUUGGCAGGACCUGUUUACAUGCUGCUGCUGCUGGAGGAAACCUGGAAUGUCUCAAUCUUCUCCUGAACACAGGGGCAGACUUCAACCGAAAGGACAGCUUUGGCAGGACCCCUCUUCAUUACGCUGCUGCCAACUGUAAUUACCAGUGCCUGUUCGCUCUGGUGGGCUCUGGGGCCAGUGUCAACGACCUGGAUGAGAGGGGCUGCACUCCUCUGCACUAUGCUGCUGCCUCUGACACAGAUGGAAAGUGCCUGGAAUAUUUAUUGCGGAAUGAUGCGAAUCCAGGGAUCCGAGAAAAUCAGGGCUACAACGCUGUGCACUAUGCCUCCGCAUAUGGACAUCGCCUCUGCCUGGAGCUGAUUGCAAGUGAAACGCCUCUAGACGUGCUAAUGGAAACCUCAGGGACAGACAUCCUGAAUGAUUCUGACGUCAGAGCCCCCAUCAGCCCCCUGCACCUAGCUGCAUACCACGGCCACCACCAUGCCAUGGAGGUCCUGGUGCAGUCCCUGCUCGACCUGGACGUGAGAAACAGCCAGGGGCGCACACCGCUGGACCUGGCUGCCUUUAAGGGACACGUGGAAUGUGUGGAUGUUCUCAUCAACCAGGGAGCCUCCAUCCUGGUCAAAGACUUCACCUUGAAGCGGACCCCCAUCCACGCUGCAGCCACUAACGGACAUUCAGAAUGUUUACGUUUACUGAUCGGAAAUGCUGACCUCCAAAGUGCGGUGGACAUUCAAGACGGCAAUGGGCAAACCCCUCUGAUGCUGUCGGUGCUGAGCGGACACACGGACUGUGUCUACUUUCUGCUCAACAAGGGAGCCAAUGUAGAAGCCAAAGACAAGUGGGGCAGAACAGCACUCCAUAGAGGAGCGGUUACUGGUCAUGAGGAAUGUGUGGAGGCCUUGCUGCAGCACAGCGCCAACUUCCUGGUCCGAGACUGUAAGGGACGUACCCCGAUUCACCUGGCAGUGGCGUGCGGACACAUCGGCGUGCUGGGGGGCCUGCUGCAUGCCGCCCAGUCAGUGGAAACGCUUUCUAACCUCACAGACAACCAAGGCUAUACCCCUCUGCACUGGGCCUGCUACAACGGUCACGAUACCUGUGUGGAGGUCCUGCUGGAACAGGAGGUUUUCCACAAAACUGAGGGUAACUCCUUCAGCCCCCUUCACUGUGCUGUGAUCCAUGAUAAUGAAGGUGCUGCUGAAAUGCUAAUAGACACUUUGGGCUCAGCCAUUGUCAACACAACCGAUGCUAAAAACCGGACCCCCCUGCAUGCGGCAGCUUUCACCGACCACGUGGAGUGUCUGCAGCUGUUGCUGGGCCACAACGCUCAGGUCAACUGUGUGGACAUCACAGGGAAGACCCCACUCAUGAUGGCUGCUGAGAAUGGCCAGACCAAUGCAGUUGAGCUAUUGGUGAGCAGCGCAAAAGCAGAUCUUACCCUGCAGGACUCGGUCAAGAACACUGCACUUCAUCUUGCCUGCAGUAAGGGACAUGAAACCAGUGCCUUGUUGAUAUUGGAGAAGAUUACGGACAGGAACCUCAUCAACGCCACUAACGCAGCCUUACAGACGCCUCUGCAUGUUGCUGCGAGAAAUGGUCUGACUGUGGUGGUGCAAGAGCUGCUCGCAAAGGGGGCCAGUGUACUUGCAGUUGAUGAAAACGGUUACACACCUGCCUUGGCCUGCGCACCCAACAAAGAUGUGGCGGACUGCCUGGCCCUCAUCCUGGCCACCAUGAUGCCUGUGUCCCCCUGCACCCCGGCGCCCACCAUCCCUUUCAGUGCCAUUAACCACUACACCGCCAGCCCCUCCAAGAGCGUCACCUUCGACAGCCUGCCGGCGCUGCGAGGUGAGCACAGCUCCUACUGCAGCUUCAACAACAUUGGCCACCACGACGGCUUCUACAAGGAUGAGGAGCUCAAUGAUUCAGACUCAGAGACCUACUGAGGGGGGUGUGGGGGGGACAGCCCUACGGGAGACAGAAGGAGAGAUCGAAAGUGAGUGAGAGUGCGAUAAAUACAGUCGACACACGCACACACACAUUGUGUCUUAAACCACCGCUGCCAGUUUGGGGAGGGCUGAGAAGAGCUGAGCCCACACAGGAGCCAACCACCCAGAGGAGAAAGAGAGAGAGAGAGAGGUGCAGCAGGCUGGCCCACGCUCAUCCCGACCUCAUCCAGCACCAGGUGUCCUUUCAGCAGAUACUGAACUCUUCAGCUAGCUGCUGCUUAAACCAGCCCCGACAGGCUCUUCAGUGCUAGAGACUCCACGUGUUGGGUGGUUAGUUGUUUUGUUUUGUUUUGUUUUUUUAAUGGCAAUAACAAGUCAAAAAGAGAAGUAGUAGCAAUUCACUGAGAGCAUAACGGACAGGGACCAAAAAGAUGUGAAAGCGUUUUAAGCCAGUUUUACAUGUGUAAACGGGACUGAGAAUUCAAUCGGUUUAAAAUAAAGCAAAAGCAGCUGAGUUUGAUCGUUCUACGUUUCAUCAGGAUUUCGAGGAGGCUGUUUUCCACACACUACGAUAGUCAGAAGGCACUUAUAUUUGAAGUUUAUAAUUCACAAAGGGGGGGGGUCAUUUAUUUUUAAGAUCUAACUUUUUAAUAAGCCCAUAUUCAUGUCUUAAACUCUUUGCCCUCCCAAAAAAAAAAAACCCUACAAAUCAUCAUAUAUGAUGAAUUGAAAAAAAAAGAAAAGAAUCAGAAUGUGCAAAAGGUUGUCUUUAAGUUAAUCAGCUGUACUUUUGUGUAUUGGAUUUUUAAUUGUGGUCUAGUCGUUCAUGAAUAAAUUAUUUGUUCCACUUUCGGAUCCAUUUAUGUCAUCAUUUGGUGCCUUCAUCUGUUACUGAGGGGAGAUCGGUGUGACGGGGCAGCUGUAAAAGUAAAGGAUGCACACUCUUGGUAAGUUCUGCAUUUGUGAGAAGCACUGACAAUAUUGAGGCAUAUUAGACUCAGCUUGCUUUGUGAGGACAAACACUGUAAGCCUAUGGUAAGGACAGCAUUUGAUUUUUCUUCUAUCUUGGAAAAAAAAUAUAUAUUUUUGCUCUUGUAUUAAUCAUUGUACAUUGAUAGGUUUUGCUUGCUUUAACCAACAACAACAAAAAAAUGAAAGAAAAAGAAACCACUCAAUCCUACGAUUGCCUAUUCAAAACCCUGUUUGUCUGUUUUAAAAGAUCAUUUUAACUGGAAAAAUGGACAAUACGUUUGCUAGCUUCAUCAGAAAAGAGAUUUUCUUUUUUUUGUUUGUUUCCUUGCUUUUCCUUUAAGAGGGGGUGAAACUAGCAUGUACAUAUGAAAAUUGUGACUGUGAAUUCAAUGCUCUUAAGAAUUAUGAAUUCUUUCAGUACCGGAGAUUGCUGU